AUGGAAGAAGAGUUGAGAAACUUAGUCAAGGUUUGUAUCUCUGUCUUAAUCUCCAUAUCUUACUGUUACUACAUCUCUUCAAAAAUUCCCAAAGGUUUUGUUCGUCUCCUUUUUCUUCUUCCCAUCUUUAUUAUCUUUCUUCUCAUCCCUCUCUUCUUUUCAUCCCUCCACUUCUGUGCCAUCUCAGCUUUUUUCCUUACAUGGCUAGCAAAUUUCAAGCUCCUUCUCUUUGCUUUUGAUCAAGAACCUUUAAGCCCACUUCCGUCAAGUUUCUCCCGUUUCCUAUGCUUCACUUGUUUCCCAAUCAAAACCUAUCAAAACCCUUCUUCAAACCGAAUAUACAACAAACCCAAAUGGGUUCUUGCUUCCAAAGUUGUACUCUUUUCCUUCUUAUUACAUCUCUACGGUAAAAAUUAUCAUAACAGUUUACCUCGAUUGGCUUUCUUGUCUAUCUUUACCAUCCAUGUCUACAUUGAGUUAGAAUUUAUCUUAGUCUUAGUGGGUGCUUUACUCUCUACACUUCUUGGUUGUGAAAUCGAACCGGUUUUUAAUGAGCCUUACUUGGCUACUUCUUUUCAAGACUUCUGGAGUCGUAGAUGGAACCGCAUGGUCCCAUCCGUUCUACGUCCAACUGUUCACAUCCCGGUUCAGCGAUUUACAGCGCGGUUAAUCGGUCAAAAUGCGUCUUUUUACGCUGGAAUGCUGGCCACGUUUAUUGUCUCCGGGUUGAUGCAUGAGCUGGUUUACUUUUAUAUUAUCCUAAAGUCUCCAACUUGGGAAGUCACUUGUUUCUUUCUGUUGCAUGGAGUUGUAACUUGUCUGGAAAUAGCUGUAAAGAGGAUGCGGUUGUGUCCAUCGCCACAUCGAGUGGUGUCGCGCCUUGUUGUUGUGGCGUUUAUGUUCGUUACGUCUGUUUGGUUGUUUGCCCCUCAACUACUGAGAUAUGAUGUGCAUAAGAGACUGAUAAGUGAAUGUUUGUUUGUUAUUGACGUUGUCAAAGAAAGUUGUUUCGCAUCUUAAUGUAACGUUCAUAAUUUGAGGAAGCGUUUCUUGUUCUCC